UAGCCUGUUAGCGCACAGGCCGGGACGCUCCGGCAGCUGGAGCGCUUCCGGCUCCAGUGUGUGGCCGCUGCGGGUGUAAACAGGCUCGGCCGCCGGGAUUCCGCUCCCCUCGGCAGGCAGCGGGCAGGGGCUUGGGGCUGAGCGCAGUCGUGGUAAUUUCAUGCUCCAAAAAUGGGACAUAAAGUGGUCGUAUUCGACAUUUCUGUCGUCAGAGCCUUAUGGGAAACUCGUGUCAAGAAGCACAAAGCUUGGCAGAAGAAGGAGGCAGAAAGGCUCGAGAAAAGUGCACUGGAAAAGAUAAAGGAGGAGUGGAACUUCGUGGCCGAGUGCAGGAGGAAAGGCAUCCCCCAGGCCGCAUACUGCAAGAAUGGCUUCGUGGACACCAGCGUGAGGCUCCUGGAAAAGAUCGAAAGGAACUCCCUCACGAGGCAGAGUUCACUUUCCAAGGAGAGAGACAAACGGAGCAGCCCGUUUGUGUUUGAACUUUCCGGGGAGCACUGGAAGGAGUUCCCAGAUGAGUUGAAGGAGCAGACGCACCUCAAAGAAUGGCACAUAAACAAUACCCUGAUUCAAAUCAUUCCUACAUAUAUUGAGCUGUUCCAAGCAAUGAGAAUUCUGGAUCUGCCCCAAAACCAAAUCUCCCGUCUUCCAGUUGAAAUUGGUCGUUUGAAGAACCUAAAAGAACUCAAUGUGAGUUUCAACCGUCUGAAGAGCAUUCCUCUAGAACUGGGAGACUGUGAAAAGCUAGAGAAACUGGAUUGUUCUGGAAAUCUAGAAUUAACAGAGCUCCCCUUUGAAUUAAGUAAUUUGAAGCAAGUUACAUUCGUAGAUAUCUCAGCAAACAAGUUUUCCAGCGUCCCGAUCUGUGUCCUGCGGAUGUCUAAUUUGCAGUGGCUGGACAUCAGCAACAAUAACCUGAAUGACCUGCCACAAGAUAUAGACAGGCUAGAAGAACUGCAGACCUUUCUCUUGUAUAGGAACAAGCUGACCUAUCUUCCCUAUGCCUUGCUUAACCUAAAGAAGCUCACCUUGAUGGUCGUCAGCGGGGACCAUUUGGUGGAGCUCCCAACUGCCCUUUGUGAGUCACCCACUUUAAAAUUUGUAAGCCUUAUGGACAAUCCUAUUGAUAAUACCCAGUGUCAAGAUGGUGACGAAAUAAUAGAAAGUGAACGAGACCGUCAGCACUUUGAUAAAGAAUUUAUGAGAGCCUAUAUUGAAGAUCUUAAAGAAAGAGAUUCUGUUCCCAGCUACACCACCAAAGUAUCUUUUAGUCUUCAGCUUUGAUACCAUCCAUCAGAAGACGGCAGACUCUCCCUGUCCUGCGGAGCUGUAAAUCUUCAUGUUGUGGGUCACGUCCUAUAGGAAUAAUGGCUUGUGCUUAAGGACAAAGUCUAGAAACCAUGGUCCUAGUUGUUAGGAAAAAUGAUUUUCAGAUUUCAAAUAUAUGAAUACCUCUCUCUUUAGACUGGAGAAUUGAUAAAUGGGUUUAUAUAUUGAUAUUUAAAGGUUCAUUUGCAUAUACUUAUUUCCAAAUAAUACAGAUUUAAUAUUUUAGAAAAUGUAUUAUUUUUUUAAAUUAUAACUUAAAGACCAAAUUCUGAAGUUGAUUGCAUUGUUUUCAGGAAUCAGGGGACAAACGGGUUGUGAAAAGAGCAUUUAUAUUGGACCAGUCAGAUGAGAGUUUAUUUUGUUAUUUUGGAAGAGUUUUAAUGCAUUAUUUCUUUUACCAGGAAUAAUUUUCCUUGGGCUUAUACAAACUGCUAUUUCCAUAUGUUUUAAAUUAUAUUUUGCAAGUGUAUGCUCUCAGGAGAUUCUCGAGUAUAAUCUGGUCCUUGAAGGUAGGAAGAAGAGCUAGCAUGUCUGCCCAUGCACUGGGCAUGAGGCGCUCGGAUGGUGCGCUGGUAGCCCCAGUGCAGGAAGCGUGGGCCUGGCUGGCCAUGGGAAGCCUUGCAUGGCCUGCAUGGAUGGUCGUCUUGUCCUGAGUGGGCACCUCGGGGUUUCUGGGACCCAUCUCAGAGCAGGGAGCAGAAGCAAUGCCCUUAGGGACCCCUCCUCUAAGGUGGCCAUAUAGGGUAGUGGAGAUGACCAGUCCACAUUGAUGAGGAGUCCCUAGCUACCCUUCUUCGAAGCUCCCACGGGAGGACUCUGCCCGUGACCGAGACUCUGCGGUCCAGAGGCAGCUCAUGAGACAGUGCUUUACACCGGCAAAGGUGGGAUUCAUUACACAGCUUUGGACUCUUACGUCACAUUGUAUGAUUUGGAGAAAUUGUACAAAUAUCUAUUUUUAUACCAUUGUCUUGGGCUAAAAUAAACAGGAUUGUGUGUUGAAGAUAAGCUUAAACAAGUGGCUUUUGUGACUAAGAAGGAAAAAUGCAUAUAUUCAUGUAUACUUAUAUAUGGAUUGACUCCUAUCAGGGCUAGCCCAGUCCUGUCUAACAGAACAUUCUGCAGUGGUGGAAAUGUUCUGUAUCUGUGCUGUCCAAUAUAGUGGCCACCAGACCCGUGUGCUCCUUGAGCACUUGGACAAUGACUGGUGUGACCGAAGAACUAAAUUUUUAAUUAAAUUUAAAUUUAAAUAGCCACAGAUGGUUACCUAUUGGACAGCACAUGUCUAGCCAUUUGGGUUUUGUGGAAGUUAAACUGGACUAGAAAUGAAGGGUGAUUUUUAUUUCCUCUUAUCUGAAGACCCAGUCUAUCCCCAGAGGGGUUACUAUUGAAAUCUCAAUAUUUUGUCUUGAUAGGCUUAAUUGUAAUUCCAAAUAUUUUAUCCUCAACAGAUGUAAAACAGGCAGAGCGUUCUAAGACCACAUGGUAAUAAUGCUUCAGUAGAGGAUUGCUUCAACUUAGAAACAAACUGAGAAGUAGGUUAAGAGAUGAAAAGAGUAGGAAAAUGAGAAAUUAAUUGAACCUCAAACAAUUGUAUUCUUUUUUAACUCUUUAAAAAUAGAAUUCAAAUUUAUUAAUUGUACUUCUUGAAUGAUUUUGGAAUUUUAUUUCAUGCCGAGUAAUAUGUUAUAUAUAGUCAAAUGGGAAAUAUAUCUGAAAAGGGGAGAAAUGGGGGCUUUCACUCAAACUGACCAUCCAUAACUUCUGUAAAUUUUAUUUCAAUAAAAUCAGUCUUUUGUGCAAAAACCUUA